CAUAAAAAGAGGAUGAGAUAUAUAGGAAACGUUUUGGUGCGACAUUUGUUUAUGUCAUUCACUUGUAAUAUCAUGAACUUUUUGUCCUUGUUGGUGAGGAUUAUUCAACUUCCUUGCCUCGCACAUGUCUUUCAACACGAAGGCUAGUGAUUGUAUUGUGUUGGACGAUGACUACAGAGGUUUUCCUGUUGACUAUUUUUGUACUUCGCCUCGAUAUGAUGGAUGCUUAGACUACGUUUUAAUACCUAACGGUAUGAUAAAAGACAGGUUGGAAAAAAUGUCAAUGGACAUUGUUAAAGCAUAUGAGGCUUCCAAGGCGAAAUCCAUCACAUUAAUGUGUGUCCUGAAAGGUGGAUUCAAGUUUCUAGGUGAUCUCGUUGAGGUGUUGGAACGUACUAUUCGCGCAAGAGGAACCCUUCUACCCAUGUCAGUUGAAUUCGUUCGUGUUAAGAGUUAUGUUAAUGAUGUUAGUACACAUGAGCCUAUAUUAACAGGAAUGGAAGAUCCUUCGGAAUAUAAGGAUAAAGACAUUCUCAUUGUCGAAGAUAUUAUUGACACGGGGAGGACUAUUAAGAAGCUCUUGAACUACAUGGGGACUUUGUCAACAAGAAGCGUUAAGGUCGCCAGUCUACUCGUUAAACGUACACAAGAUGGUGUUAAUUACCGACCGGAAUCUGUCAAGCGUAAUCAGUAAAACCGAAGAUAUGAAGGGUUACAGGCUUUUGGUUAUGUUGGAUUUCAGUGCUGAAUUGUUGGUAUAAUGAAGAUUCACUUGUUGCAGGAUUCGAAGUCCCUGACAGAUUCGUUGUUGGUUAUGCUCUAGACUAUAAUGAACAUUUCCGCGACUUACAUCAUAUUUGUGUAAUCAAUGAAACAGGGCAACAAAAAUUCUCUGUACCUUUUGAGUCUAAACCUCUUUGAAACAAAAAAACAAGGAUAGAUGGAGUUGAUUUUAUUUUUAUGUGUCAGACAAAGAACAACGAGAUUCACUUUAAAGAAGAUAGACGUGUUGGUCUCUUUUUCUCUUUUUUGCUUGUACCUUUAUUCACAAAUUUUUUUCUUUUUGCUGGGAUCUAUUUUCAUCAUUCAAAAGACGUAUGUCUAUAUAUAUAUUUGAAGUACUAGUAAGGCAGGCUUUAGGUAUACGUCAAACAUUUUGUUUGUAUUAAAGUAAUGCAUAUACAUAUAUACCAUUUACUUCAAGUCUGUAUUUAUCAAUAAAUGAUAAUAACAAUACAAGUUUCAUCACAAAACUUAUUUUUCCCCUCUCAGAUUGUAUUUCAUUCAAAUAUACUGUAUUAUAUUAUUAUUAUUUUUCAUUAUGUCAACUUCGAUACAUGUGAACUCUUUCCCUUCAUUAUCAUUAUAAUUAUCAUCAUUAUGAUUACAUUUCACACACACACACACACAAAUCUCUCUCUGGCUCUCUCUUGCAUCUUGUCGCCUUAUUUCAUUUGUAUUUUUAUCGACAGUAGAACUGUCUCUCUCAACGCUAUCGUUAUCAAUGAUAGUUUUAUGUGAAUAAUUUUGUAUUAUUAUGUAGUUGAGUUAGCCAAUAUAUACAUAUAUAUAUAUGAGAAG